AUGAAAAUAAAAAAUUUUAUAAUAUUUGGUAAAAAUAAAAAAUUAUUAAAAGAAAUAAGCAAAAUUCAAGAUUUUGACGGCUCUAAUGAUGAUGGGUAUACCAUUUAUGUAUUACCUCACUCACAUUGUGACCAUGGUUGGUUAAGUUCGUUAGAUGAAUAUUACCAUGGCACAGUAAAAUAUAUUAUAUCAAGUUUUAUUAAUGAAUUAAAGAAUGACGAGAAAAAAACAUUUAAUUGGGCAGAGGUUGGUUUUUUUAGAAGAUGGUAUGAAUCAUCAUCAGAUAGCACAAAAGAACUUGUAAAGAAACUAAUAAACAAUGGGCAAUUAGAUUUUGUUACUGGUGGUUAUGUUCAAAACGAUGAAGCUUCCGCAGAUUUAGAUGACAUUAUCGAGCAAAUGACCCAGGGCCAUUUAUGGUUAAAAGAACAUUUGAACUAUACAGUCGAAUAUGCAUGGCAAAUAGAUCCAUUUGGCUACAGCUCAAUCACACCAACACUAUUUUCAAAGAUGGGUUUAAAAGGUUUAAUUAUCAAUAGAAUUGCAUAUGAUGUAAAGGACUAUAUGAAAGAGAAUUUAGAAAUGGAAUUUUUAUGGAAAGGUUCUGAAACGUUAAACAAAGACUCGGAAAUGUUGGUAUCAGCUUUAGAUAGACACUAUGACUAUUUUCCAAAGGUUUUAGAUCCCAGAAACAACUAUACCGUGGAAGAAAGAGCCAAUAGUUUUAUUGAAUAUUUUUCAAAAGUUGUAAAAACUAGAAAUACAAAGACUGUACUUUAUAUUAGUGGUGAUGACUUUAGAUACUUUAACGCGCCAAAAGAAUUCAGAUACUCUAGGGGAUGGAUGGACUAUAUUAGAGAAAGAAAAGAAGAAUAUGGUAUAAAGGAAAUUAGAUACGGAACUGUUUCGGAUUAUUUUAAACAAUUAAAAUCAGAGAUAUUAAAUGAAAAAUUACAAUUAACAGAAAUUGAUAAAGACUUCUUCCCAUAUGCAACAGACUAUGAUGAAUAUUGGACUGGAUAUUUUACCACAAGACCAACAAUGAAAAAGCAAAUUAGAGAAUUUAGCAAACUUUUAAGAUUUACUGAAUCAAUUUAUAGUUUAUUAAUGCUUGAUAACAAAUAUAAUCAAAACGAUCAAAUUUCAAAUGAUAUAACGGGUGCAAGGGAUUUACUUUCAUUAGCUCAACACCACGAUAUUGUAACAGGUACUUCAAGAUCAUAUGUUUUAUAUGACUAUUAUUUAAAACUAAAAAACUCAAGAUUAUUAAAUUUUAAAAUAAUUUCAAAUUUAUACAACUUAUUUUUAAAUAAUAAUAAUAAUGAUGGUAAUAAUAACAAUGACAAUAAUAAUCAAGAUAAUGAAAACUAUUACUUAUAUAAUAAUUUUAUCGAUAUUGACAGCUUAUCAAAUAAUCAAUUUUAUUCAAUCAAACUUUUUAACUCUUUAGGUUGGGAAAUUAACCAACACUAUUCAUUUAGAAUUAAAUCAAACAGUAAAGUAAAUAUCGAAAGAUUAAAACUAUUCGAUUCAGAUUUAAAUGAAAUUCAAAAUAUUCAAAUCAAUUCGAUUCAAUAUGAUAAUCAAUGCUUUAAUGAAAUGGAUCAAUAUAUUUUAUUUUCAAUCAUUAGUGUACCACCACUUGGUUUUUCAACAUAUUAUAUAACUGUUGAUUCAAACAAAUCAAAUUUAAAUCAAAUUUAUUAUGGCACAAAUUAUCAUAGACUAAAAGGAGACAUUAGAUUUUCAACUAAAGAAUAUGAAUAUGAAUUUUCAAAAAGAGAUGGUUUAUUAAAAUCUGUCAAAGAUUUGCAAACAAAAAAGAAGGAUUGGAUUACUCAAGAUUUCCAACAAUAUAAAGCAAAGAAAAGUGGUCCAUAUAUUUUUGAAGCUGGUAAACUUGAAGAUACUUUAAAUUAUCCAGACUAUUAUUUAUUAUUUGAUGGCCCAUUAGUAUCACAACUAUCAAUGAUUUACAAUUCAGAUAACUGCUCGGCUUUAUCAAUUGUAAACCAAAGAAUUUAUAAGAAUAAAGACAGUGCAACACCAUUAUUCACUGAACAGUACUUGGAAACCAGUUAUUCAUUUAUUGGUGAAAUGAAUAGAGAAAGAGUUAUUCACUAUACUAUCGACUCAAUAAAAGAUAAUAAAGCAAUAUAUACCGACAAUGGUUUGGAACCAAGAAAAAGAACUCAUAAUAGAUUUGGCUCAACAACUUCAAACUAUUACCCAACCCUCCACUAUGUAUAUUUGAAAAAUAAUGAUGCUAAUAAGCAAUUUACAGUCUAUGUUGAUCGUUCAGUUGGUAUAACAUUACGUCCAGAAAAUAAAAUCGAAAUUAUGCUACACAGAACAAUUGAAAGAGAUGAUUGGAAAGGCGUUAGAUGGCCUACUAUCGACACAUCCAGAAUUGACGGCAAGCUAUACUUUAAUUUAGAUUCAAUCGAAAAUCAAAAAGAAAAUGAAAAACAAUUAUCUUUAAAAAUAGAUCACCAACCAAUAUAUUUAAUUAAAAAGAUUUCAAAUAUAAAGCAAUAUCAAAAGGAAUAUAAACAAUCAUACUCUGGUCUAAUCAAGUCACUACCAAAUCAUAUUCAUUUAUUAUCAUUGAAAACCUUUUCAAAUAAUAACAUGGGUUUAAGAUUAUUAAAUUUAGGCAAUGAUAAUUUCGAAACCAAAAACAAACUAUCAUUAAACAACUAUUUCAAAAACUUUAACAACCUAAAAGAAACAGGUUUAACAUUUUUAGAUAUAGUUAAAAGUGAUAUAAGUGACGAUAAAAUUAAAGAAAACUAUAAAAUUGAUAAGAAAUUUAAAAUAAAAUCAGGUCAAUCAGAAUAUAAUUAUAAUAAAUAUCAACAAUAUAAUCAAAACAAUAAUGACGAUGACAAUAAUAUAACAAUCAAUCCAUUGGAAAUUAAAUCAUAUUUAAUGAAAAUUCAUGAAAAGCAAAAUAAUAAUCUUCAAAAAAUUCAAGUUAAUAAUUCAAUCUACAACAAUUUAAUUUAUAAUAAUGAAUAUGUUCAUCAAAAUAACAGUGAAAUAUAUAAAGAUGUAUUAAAUAGUAUAUAUAUGUACGAUUUUUCAGUGUAUCCAUUAGAACUUUCACACUAUAAUGACCGUGGAAGAUUUAAACCAAGCGACAAAUUAAAAAAAAUACUUUUAGCAAGUAUUAUACCGGGUGUAUCUGCUUUGGUUCUCAUCACUAUAAUAAUUAUUGUUGUUAUCAGAAAGAAAAAGAAUAAGAAAAAGGGUGGUUCAAUUUUAGAAAAAGAAAAAUUUAUAAAAUUAAAAGAUAUGGACGAAGAAGAGCAUAAUGAAUAAAUUUAAAUAAAAUUAAAUUAUUAUUU